AAGUUAAGUGUGUUGAUAAAGUACCUAAAAACCAAAUAUAAAUUAGAAACUACGGUAACUCUAACAAUAGUAAACUACCAAGCAAUGAAAAUCGCAUUGACUAUCAUAUGUCUUGUAUGUAAAGUUCAGUCAGCUCUGAGUAAUGACAAUAACAUUGAUGAUAUUGAUGAAGAUGAUCGCUAUAUUUUUGAUUUUCUCUGGUUCCCGGAAAAGUAUUACAUUAGCAUCAAGGAAAUAUUUAAAGGGUGGAAUGUUUUCUACGGUGAAGCAAAAAUGGAAGGAAUGACCACAAAAGAAACGAACUACCUGUAUUUACACAGCAAAGUCAGAUUAGUAGGCGGAUCUUUACAAGUCAAUGGGGUCAGUUCAGAGAUCAAUGUUAAAAAAGCAGUUUCUAAUACAACAAAUGACAUACUGACGCUGUACUUGGAUAAAACAUUGGCCCUUCAUCAAUAUUUUACUCUCACACUUUUAUUCUAUGGUGCUCUAACUACAAACUAUGAUCCAGUCUAUCUAAUAGAAGAAAUCAAUGGACACAAUUUGUCAAGGCCUACAUUGGCCACAGAGUUCCAACCAUUUGGAGCUAGAUCAGCUUUUCCAUGUAUUGAUUUACCAAGGCUUAAAGCUAACAUACAGAUUCAAAUAGCUUCAAAUAAAGAAUAUACCGUUCUUUCUAACAUGCCACUUAAAACAGAUACACAGAACAAUCAAAUUAGAAACCAUGUUUUCUACCAGACUCCUAAAAUGUCAACUUAUAUAGUGGCUUUCAUAAUGUUCGGAAAGGAUAUACAAUGUGAAAUGCUUCCGGAAGAAAACCAGUUUUGUUCUUUUUCAAAAGAGAAAGAACAUUUCAAGGAUCAUUUGUCAGUUAUUCCGAUCAUAAGAAAUAGCGUCGCUAAUUUCACAAACAUACCUUAUAUGCUCCCUAAACUUGAUCAAAUUGUUAUUGGAAAGAAGGAAGCAGUUGGAAUGGAGAGCUGGGGACUUAUAACAUGGAGAAAUAAUUUAUUUUUAUCAAAAGACUUAAAGACGCUCAAAGAUAAGUUGUACUUAUUUGAGUUUGUUGCACAUGAAAUAGCACACCAGUGGUUUGGGAAUUUGGUCACGUGUAAAUUCUGGUGUUAUAUUUGGCUUAAUGAGGGUGUAGUUACAUAUGUCCAAAAUUUGAUUGUGGACAAGAUAUUUCCAGAAUCCAAAACACUCGAAUUCUUUGUUGUUGACGAGAUGUGGGAUCCAAUGUUGGUUGAGAUUCUUCAACCAAUCACAUUAGUAAAUAAAAAGUAUUGUUCAGAGGAGAAUAAACCACAAUUGAUCAUGUCGUACAGUUUUUAUAAAAAAGGAGCUUCUAUUCUACAUAUGGUCGCAAAAACUAUAAUGCCAACGGGCAAAUUUCAGCAGGCAUUGCAAAAUUAUCUUAGAACUUUCCAGUAUAGCACCGUUGUUGAGAAGGAUUUAUGGUUGGAAAUGGAGAUGAAUAUUGAUAGGUCCAUUCUGCGUGAUCUUUAUAAAGAAAAUUCCUUGGAAUAUUAUAUGAAAACAUGGACUCACAACCAAGGCUACCCAUUAGUAUUUGUUCAACGCAACUCGUCCAAAAUAUACGUUCGUCAGGAAAGAUUUACUGAAAAAAAUAAAUCGAGGACAGCUUGUGGACAAUCUGAUUAUUGGUGGAUUCCAAUAACUUAUACAAUUUCAUCAAAGCCAAAUUUUAGAGAUACUAGUGUCAAACAAUGGAUAAAGCCAACUUGCAUGUAUGAAGAAUUAAGAGAUGUUCAUAUUCUCCAAGAUGAUUGGAUUAUAUUGAACAUUCAACAUGCAGGAUAUUACAAGGUUAUGUAUGAUCCGAGAACAUACGAACUUUUGACGCACCAUUUAAUAGAAAAUGAUAUUAAUGUUAUUCAUCCAUUGAAUCGUGCACAAAUAAUAAAUGAUGCAUUUGACCUAGCCUUUCAGAAAUAUAUUGACAUCGAUGUGCCAUUAAAUCUGACAAAGUAUAUGAGUAAAGAAACACAUUUUGCUCCGUUUCAUGCAGCAUUGGUUCAUUUUAAAAAACUAUUAAAAGAACAUAGAGAAAUACCAUCGACCCAUUCCAUCCAUAAUUAUAUCAAAAAGAUAAUAAGUGUGGCUUAUGAUCGUGUCACAUCAACAAACUUCAGUAUAAACGAUAUCGCAAAUUAUCGCUAUAAAAUUGAAAUUGUCGAUAUGGCUUGUGAACUCAAAUUUCCAAAAUGUGUUCAGCAAGCAUUAUUGCUUGCAAAUGCUGUUAUCAAGGGUGAAAAGUCAGAAGUAUCUAUAAUUCCAGAGUUAAGGACAACUUUAUGGUGUUCUGCCAUAAGAAGCAAUAAUCAGACUAUCCCUGAUUAUCUUUUGAAAAAGUUAAAUUCACCAUCCACUUCACAACUGUUAACAAAAGUAUAUUCAAACGCGUUGGCUUGCUCUAAAAAUCGGAAUGUACUUUACAAAUUUAUAGAUUGGGUUUUCAACAGUGGCAAUCAGGAUGGUUUUACUACACUCAUAUUUAACCUCGCUCCCAAAGACUCUAAAUGUGUUAUCAUGAAUUACAUUACUGGCAACAUUGACAAACUUAUUACUCGUCAUGGCUGGCAAAAUGUAGCAAAUCGACUAUUGAAACUUUCUCUUCAUACAAAAACACCAAUAUGUGUUAUUUUGAUGCGUCAAUUUGCCAAGGAAAGAGGGUUUGUGGUGUUGCCUAAAUUCGAUGAGAAAAAAAAUGUUACUGCAUACAGAUGGUUUCAGAGCCAGGAUUCAAAAUACUUUUUGUCUGAUUUACCGAUUCCUAAAGAUGAAGGUUCACUCGAUAAUAAUUCUUUUUUAAAACAGCGUGGAAUAGAUUUCUUUAAAAUACCAUCGGAGACCUCAUCUGAAUAAUAUUCUUAGUUACUUUUUUCUUUUUAAAACAUGUUAACUUUUAAAAUCUGCUUUGUUAAUUUUAGUGUAUCCUUAAAACAUGUAAAGUUAUUGAACAAUUAAAAGUUGUAUUAAGAACACUAGAAUAAAGGAAAAUUACACAAUUAUAUAAUUCAAUUAGACAGUAGAUUUUUUUAACCAAUAAUAUUUCUUAGCCAAAAUUAUAUUUAUUUACAAACAAUAACAGAAAAUUGGAUUACAGAUCUAAAAAAACACAAAUCUACACACGCAUAUACAUACACAAGUGUAUACACAGUUGAACUUCUUGCAGCUCGCCAGCAAUUCCAGCUUUUGUAUAAUU